CGCGCCCGAAGAUAAAUAUGGUGAUUGCCCCUUCCUCGCUCCGUCGCCUUCCCUCGUUGCGAUGGCGAGACGCGUGAAGAACAAGGCGUCCGCCCAGAUCCAGAUUACGGCGGAGCAAAUACUUCGCGAGUCCCGCGAGCGUCAGGACCCAGAUAUCCGGCGUCCCAAGCAGAAGAUCGUCGACCCCGACGAGCUCUCUGAGCACCGCCUCCGCAAGCGCAAGGAGUUCGAGGACCUCAUCCGCCGCGCCCGCCGGAACCCCUCCGCCUGGGUCAGAUACGCCCUCUGGGAGGAGUCCCAGGGCGACUUCAACCGCGCCCGCUCCGUCUGGGAGCGCGCCCUCGACGUCGACUACCGUAACCACGCCCUCUGGCUCAAGUACGCCGAGUUCGAGAUGCGUAAUCGUUUCGUCGACCACGCCCGCAACGUCUGGGACCGCGCCGUCUCCCUCCUCCCCCGCGUCGACCAGCUCUGGUGGAAAUACAUUCACAUGGAGGAGAUCCUCCGGAACGUCGCCGCCGCCCGCCAGGUGUUCGAGCGCUGGAUGCAGUGGCAGCCCGACGUCCAGGGCUGGCUUUCCUACAUCAAGUUCGAGCUCCGCUACAGCGAGACCGAUCGCGCCCGCGCUGUCUACGAGCGCUUCGUCGCGUGCCACCCGAGGCCCGACGCGUUCAUCCGAUACGCCGAGUUCGAGAUCAAGUGCGGCAACGUCGCCCGCACUCGCGCCAUCUACGAGGGCGCCGCCGACCUCCUCUCCGAGGACGACGAGGAAGCCGAGAAGCUCUUCGUCGCGUUCGCCGAGUUCGAGGAGCGGUGCAAGGAGGUCGAGCGCGCGAGAUGCAUCUACAAAUACGGUCUGGACCGCAUACCAACGGGAAGGGCUGAGGACCUGUACAGCAAGUUUGUUUCCUUCGAGAACCGGCACGGCAAUCAUGGGGAGAUUGAGGAUGCAAUUGUCCGGAAGCGGAGGUGUCAGUAUGUGGAGGAGGUGCGGAAGAACCCCUUGAAUUACGAUUUGUGGUUCGAUUACAUUAGAUUGGAGGAGAGCGUCGGGAACAAGGACGUGAUCAGGAAGCUCUAUGAGCGCGCAAUCGGUAACGUGCCUCCCGCUGAGGAGAAGCGGUAUUGGCGGCGAUACAUUUAUCUUUGGAUCAACUACCUGCUGUACGAAGAGCUUGAUGCUCAGGACAUGGCCCGGACGAAAGAGAUUUACAGAAAAUGUCUAAAGUUGAUUUCUUGUAAGAAGGUUUCGUUUGCAAAAAUUUGGCUCAUGGCAGCGCAAUUUGAGAUAAGGCAAAUGAAUCUUAAGGCUGCAAGACAGAUUUUAGGAAAUGCAAUUGGAAUGGCUUCAAAGGAUAAAAUUUUCAAGAAAUACAUUGAGAUUGAACUUCAGCUAGGCAAUAUCGAUCGCUGUAGAAUUCUCUACGAGAAGUAUUUUGAGUGGGCCCCUGCGAAUUGCUAUGCCUGGAUCAAGUAUGCCGAGUUGGAGAAAAAAUCUCUUUUCGAAACAGAGCGUGCUCGAGCAGUAUUUGAACUUGCAAUUGCUCAACCUACCCUAGACAUGCCGGAAUUGCUUUGGAAGGCAUACAUCGACUUUGAGAUAUCAGAGCGUGAAUAUGAGAGAACGAGGCAACUCUAUGAAAGGCUACUUGAUCGGACUAGGCACCUCAAAGUAUGGGUAAGCUAUGCAAAGUUUGAAGCUUCAUUUGGUUUGGAGGUUGAAGAGGCAGACAGCAAGGAAAAGUCCGAGAACAACAACGACUCUUCUCAUGGGCAGCAAAUGGAACGCAUUCAGCGAUGUCGAGCUAUUUUUGAAAGGGCAUCUGAUUAUUUUAGAGCCAAUGCGCCUGAACUGAAGGAGGAAAGAGCGAUGUUAUUGGAGGAGUGGCUCAAUAUGGAGAGCAGUUUCGGUAGUCUUGGCCGUGUUGAUACGGUGCAGAAGAAGUUACCAAGAAAAAUUAAGAGGAAGAGGGCUAUAACGACAGAAGAUGGCAUUCCUGUUGGCUUCGAGGAAUACUAUGACUACAUAUUCCCCGACGAAGUUGCCAUGAUACCAAAUUUGAAGAUUUUGGAAGCAGCCUACAAGUGGAAGAGGCAGAAGUUGGACAAUGAUGGUGACCCAAAUUUGAAGAUUUUGGAAGCAGCCUACAAGUGGAAGAGGCAGAAGUUGGACAAUGAUGGUGACCGAUAGCAAAGAAACUGUCUGAUUCCAUCUUUAUUAAUUAUAGUUAGCUAUUAAAUGUCAGUUUCUUCGGGCGGAAUGGUUUGCGUGUCUAUAUAUGUUAGCUUUUCCCAAGCGGUCGUCCCUGUGGAAGAGACGGUUUGUCUUUCACUUGGGUUUUAACGGUUCAUCAGGAACAACAUCAGCAGGAUAAAAAGUUUUUAUAUACAUAUACUAAUCUCUUUCUUUCUCUUCUGGUUUUUUGCUGAUAGUGUUAGCUAACCACUUUACUAUCAUUCAAUUUUUCUUAUACAU